AUGUCGAUAUCCAAUGAUUCCAGUGAUCGCGAUACAUCAACGCUGCCAAUACCAUCGAUGAUUUGUCGCCGAUUUCUUGGUUGCAACGCGCAAGCUGGUCGGGAGCACUCGAUUCCGGGCUCUUUGAUCGAUAUUGUUAUCUGGAGAAGUUUGCAUUUCAGUCCCGAUCCAACUCAAAAUAUCUUCAAAUCAAUGGGCGCAUCGGCUUUCUAA